GUUGCCGUGGCGAUGGAGGGAGGCCAUUGCCACCCUCCCCCGAGGCGUCUGCAUGGUUGACAAAAGCCACAAUGACACAAAAAAAAAAAAAAAAACUUGCGGCCACGUCGAGCUUGGCAACCUUCACUCGCUGUCUGCUGAAACUUAUUUCGUGUUUUACGUCUCAUUGCGCCGCUGCAAUUUUGAAGGUGAAUUUGCCAACGUUGCUCGCCGACUCCAAUGAAUGAUACGAGUGCAAUUUAGCGGGGAAAAGGUUUGACAAUAUCGGUCAAAUUGACAGAAAAAUCCUAAUUUCGCUCCAGGUUUUCCAACCAAGUACAAGUUCCGAAUGAGGGAUGUUACGAUUUGGGCUGAGGUCGUCAUGAGAACAACCCGUCUUUGCGUCAGGACCAGAACCGGUGACUUUGAUGGCCUUUCGGAUCUGCACCGCCGACUGUCUCGGAAUGAAGUUGAACCGCGUUCCAGCGCAACUGCCGGAGCCCGCAGAAAACAAAAGUGGUCAGUCGAUCCGCGGAACAGUGCCUGGAGCAAUGACGAGUCCAAGUUUGGACAGAAGAUGCUGGAGCGCAUGGGCUGGUCUAAGGGCAAGGGCCUCGGCAGAAGUGAGCAAGGAGCCAUUGACCAUAUCAAAGUCAAAGUGAAAAACAACAGCUAUGGCCUAGGCGCCAAUGGCAGCCAAGAGGACAACUGGAUUGCACACCAGGAUGAUUUCAACGACCUCCUUGCUCAGCUCAAUAACUGUCAUGGCCAAAAUAGCACAGAAACUCAGUCGGAGGAGCAGAAAGGCUUCAGCCUGGAAGAGAAAUCCAAGACGUCCAAAAAGCGAGUCCAUUAUAUGAAAUUCACCCAAGGGAAGGACCUCUCGUCUCGAAGUUCAACGGACCUCAAUUGUAUCUUUGGAAGGAGAGCAAAAUCUGCCACACAUCCAGAGCAGGAGAGCGGCGGCGAUUGCCACGGCAACAGCGGCGAGUGUCCGACCCCACCGGCCGCCGUCGUCUCCUACCCGCAACCGGACGCGGAGUCCAUCACCAAGACGGUGACCAGCACCCUCAGCGUGCAGGAGUACUUUGCGCGGCGGAUGGCCCGGCUGAAAAGCGGCCACGGUCAGGCCGCCGCCGCCGGCGGGGCGGAAGAGCCCCCAAAGAGGAAAAAGAAGAAGAACAAGAAGGCCGUCGAGAAGAUGGAAGCGGCAAACGGUGCGGAGGAAGCGAGUGAGCCUGAGCCCGCAAAAAAGAAGAAGAAACGACAAAAUGAGGGCGCCGUCAGCAACCACUCGGCGGAGCGAAAGGAAGCCAAGAAGGAGAGGAAACGCAAAAAGGAGACGCCAAGUGGCGCGGCGACCCUCGAACCGGAAACGAAAUCGCUCGAGCAACCGGAGGAGACGAUCGCCGUGCGGAAGAAAUCCAAAAAGCGCAAGAAGCAGCAGCGAGAUUUGUGACAAACGGAGCCAGCCAAAUCUUGUGAAGCCAAAGCAAAACAGUUGAAGGCAGAAGGCCUUUUUUGUCUUGUUCUUUCAAAAGUGCCGAUCACAUUUUUAGGCCUUCGGCUUCAACGAUGGGCAGACCGGUUCAACCGCAUCAGGACGCCCCAGCACCCAUCAACCCGGGAAUCAACUCGAAUGGCGGGCGUGGCUUCAAGCACCGCCCUUGUCCUUGUUGCGGUGCCGAACCCGAGCCGUCGCAUUCGUCGGAAGAAUGGCGUCAUUGAAAUCAUCCAGCCACUUUGAAUGCUCCCACACAACCACUUUUUUUUUUUUCCUCCCGGUUUUGUGUCGCGCUCACUUCAUUCACCUGCGGCAAAUUGUGAGAUAUAUCAACGGGUUGCGCGAUUGACGGGCUCGGAGUCGCGACCACAAGCGACCCGGCUGACUCUUGACUGGUGGCCAGCGACGCGCAGGGACCAACAAACGUGUCCACAUUUUGGCCGGUCACACCCCCCCCCCCCCUUUGUCAAGGUCAAUCCAAAAUCUUAUUUGUACAUUCGCCCAAGAAAACAAAAGGACUCCAACUUCAAAUCUCAUUCUGCACUCACGAAGCCAUACUUGGAAUUUUCUUUUUCUCUUUUUUUUUUUUUUUUUAAAUGACUCUGGGCUCAAUCUUUUGUCUCAUUUGGAUGGCAAAAAACACAUUUGGCGCUCGGCUUUCUGUCUCAUUCUAAUUUCUUUGAUGAAGCAAACAUCGCGCUCAGGUUUUGCUCUCAUUUUUCCUCGUUUAAGCUUUUUUUUUUUUUUUUUGUCGAUCUUCUUGAUGCUCAUUUCUUAUUGGAAACAUUAAAACGUAAGGCUCGGGCUUUGUCUC